AUGUUGCAUGAGAUCUACGGAGUGACCCAAACCGAACACAUGGCUACCACCCAAGCCCGCGCGGUGGUCCAACAAGUAGAGCAGGUCCCUGUGGACACCUACACGGACCACAGUAUGUGGAAUGCUGAUGAAGACUCGCCUCCGUCUCCAGAGGACCCCUCUUAUGGUGACUCCGACAUACUCAGCUCCGCAGCUGCUGACGAGGUAACAGCCCAUCUGGCUGCUGCAGGGCCUGUGGGAAUGGCUGCCGCCGCUGCUGUGGCAACAGGGCAGAAACGGAAACGGCCGCACGUGUUUGAGCGGAAUCCAUCCAUCCGGAAGAGACAGCAAACACGCAUGCUUCGCAAACUUCGAGCCACAUUAGAUGAGUAUACUACUCGAGUGGGGCAGCAAGCUGUUUUGCUCUGCAUCUCACCCUCCCAACCCAAACCGGCCUUUAAGGUAUUUGGGGCAGCACCGCUGGAGCAGGUGGUGCGUAAGCACCAGAGCGCGAUCCUGGGGGACCUGGAGUCCGCCCUGGCCCACUGCGCCCCGGGGCCGCCGGAGGGUAACUCGGAGCUGCCACUUCUCACCAGCGACGGGAUUCCAGUCUCUGUGAAUCAAAUGACCCAGGCCCAGCUGCGGGCAUUCAUCCCAGAGAUGCUCAAGCACGCCACGGGUCGGGGAAAACCAGGCUGGGGCAAAGAAAGCUGCAAGCCCACCUGGUGGCCCGAAGACAUCCCGUGGGCCAAUGUCCGGAGGGAUGUCCGCACGGAAGAGCAAAAGCAGAGGGUUUCAUGGACCCAAGCACUCCGGUCCAUAGUUACAAACUGUUAUAAACAGCACGGGCGGGAGGACCUUUUAUGCGCUUUUGAAGAUCAGCAAACACAAGCAGAGGCUGCAACCACACAGAGUAUAGCCCAUCUUGUUCCAUCAGAGACCGUAGUCCAGACCUUCAGUAACCCCGAUGGCACUGUCUCACUUAUCCAGGUUGGCACAGGGGCAACAGUAGCAACAUUGGCUGAUGCUUCAGAAUUGCCAACCACAGUCACUGUUGACCAAGUGAAUUAUUCUGCUGUGGCAGAUGGAGAGGUGGGACAAAACUGGACCACGUUACAAGGAGGUGAGAUGACCAUCCAGAGGGCGCAAGCUUCAGAGGCCACACAGGCAGGGGCAGCUUCUCAAGAGAUGCAACAGGGAGCUACUGUCACCAUGGCGCGCAACAGUGAAGCUGUCGCCACAUUGGCCAAAGCCACCUUGCAAAGUGGGGGACACAUCGUCCUGUCUGGGGAAACCGCAGCAGCCAUUGCAGCACUUGCUGGAGUCCAAGAUGCUAACGGACUGGUCCAGAUCCCUGUGAGCGUGUACCAAACUGUGCCUGCAAUCCUUUGGGUAACCAGCCUCACCCAAGGCAACAGGCUGGUGCAGGUGGCCAUGGCCCCUGGGGACACCAGGACAGCGGGUAGCAGCACCAUAGACUGCCAGGCUGUGGAAAUGAUGACGUUGGGACAGUGA